AUAUAAACCCAGACUAGUCUCCCGCUGGAUUAUCAACGCAGAUCACACCUUCCAACUGCUGAAAGUAACUUCAAAGCGCUCUGAGUAAUUCAAAUAAAUUUACAAAUCUGAUUGAUAUUUUCAUCAGUUAGGGUUCCAAAUCGAAGCUUUUAAAUUCUCGAAAAUGAAGUUGAAGAUGAACAAAGCAUCGGAUCUCAGCUCUAUAUCUGUUCUUCCUCCUCAUGCAAGGAAGCCAAGAUUGGUACCGAGUGCAGCAGAGUCUUCCGUCUUCGGGAAAAGCCAAACGUCACAGAUUCGGUCACAGCAGCAAUCACAACAAUCCUUAUCACAGGGAUUUUCGUCUCAGCAACCAAUCUACUCUCAGCUAUCACAGAGCUCUCUCGAUGAAUUUAUCCCUAAUGAGCAAAGAUUAUGUUCUCAAGAAAGAGAAAAUUCAGCAAAGAGGAUGAGCUGUAUGCCUCAGAUCAACUACACACGAGAAGAAAGUAAACUGCAGUUAUCAAAACCUUUGACCAAUUAUAUGCGCAACUGGUCAGGUCCUGAAAAUAAAUGCGAGAUUACUGAAGAACUUGAACACAAAAUUGGAAUGGUAGAGACUUCAUUGAGCAGGCAAGGAAUGAUCUUAGAUUCUAUUCAGAAUGAUAUUAUGCAAGUUAACCGGGGAACAAAAGAGAUUCUGAUGGAGAUGGAAAGCUUACGGCCAAAGUUAGUUUCUCAUGAUGAACUGUUGCAAUUACUGAGCAAGGGGAGGGAAGAUCUGAAAGCUAGCCUGGAGAGGACCUUCAAAUCCAUGUUUGAAGAGCUGAGGGAGAGUAAAUAUCAAGAGAACAUCAGGGACCUUUUAUCACUAGUUAGAGCUAUGCCCAACAAAAUUGACAUGUCCAUUUUGCAACUUCAAACUGAUUUGAGCAAGACCUUGGCUAAAGAGAUAAUUGCCCUCCGCCCAGAUUGUCAAGGACAAAAACAUGAAACUGCUCCGGUUGAUCCACCAAAAGGCAUCAAUGGUUGUAUCCCUCCCCAUGAAGUGAAGUUUCUAAAGAAUCGCCAAGCAUUUCUUUUCCCUUCUGGUUCAACAAUGAAUCUCAGAGAUCAGAAAACAACUUUGCUGCCGAAGAUUGAAAGGGGAAGCUGGACUACAGUAAAAAAUACCCAAACUUGUAUGAAGCAGAAAAUUCCCAGCAGAAGUCACAAACAGAAUGAAGCAUUUCAACAGGAAAGGGAAUGUAGAGUUACCAUUGAAUCUGAUGAGGAUAUUGGCGCAGGCUUUUCCUGCUUGCUUGAAGAAAAUGGAACAGACACAGGAAUUCAUCCACUAGAUGAUGCAAAGGAAGAGACUGCACGCAUAUUGAGGAAAGCAAGGAGGCGGAAGAGAAAGCAUUUUAACACUAUCAUUAUAGAUUGAAGGUACACUGUGACAAUUUAUAAUCCGCUGAAUUAAGGUCCUGUGAUUUGAUAAGCAGUAAAAAAUGUAUUAUUGUUUCUUC